CGAACACUAUAGAAUGAGAUUCCUUCAAACAUGUACUCUGCUUAGGCUUGUUGCUUACCAAGAGGCCCAAGAGCAAGUACUAAGGGGGUGACAAAACUUAGAAUACUUUUUGUUGCUGACUGAAAUACGUCACAGGAGCUUGGAUUUUUAGUUAUUGUGAAGUGAUUUGAUACUCAAGCACCAUUCUCCAGUGCUAAUUGUAUAUCAAAAGCAAUAUUGAUUUUGAAGUGUGCGAAGAAAAGUUAGACCACUUGGAAAGCAGCACUGAAAUACAUUUGGAGACUUUGGGAUUUUUUGUCAAAUGAUUUGAAAGUUGGUAGAUCAAGAUUUUAACACUUAUCGGAUCGCAGAUUUCUGGACGCGGAAAUUAGUUGGUUAUCAAAAAAGACAACAUGUAUCGUGGUAAGGCACCUUCGAGGCGAGGAGGUCUGCAGACACAGACCAGAAAUAGUGACCUAGUGCACAGCACUUCCUUGACUAAUGCAUUUUCAAGAGAAGAGAGAAACCUCGACAAGAAACUGCAGAAGUUGAAUACUGAAAGGAAACUUUCUCUGGCUCAGAUGGACAGUGAAAUCAAAUUGUACCGCAAAAUGAGCAAAAAUAAAAUCGAGAAAUGUGAUGAUGACUGCGACAUGUCGGAUAUUUCGGAAGCAGGAAGCAAUGACGAUGAAGGGGAUAUUCAUAUUGGAUGCAGUACGUCGUCUUCUUAUGAUUCGAACUUCAAAAGAAAAACAGGACAAGAUCUUAGAGUAAAUAACAGUAAUGCUAAUAAUCUUCCCAGCAAGUAUAAUUCAUCUUUUUUGAGAUUUACACCAUUUGGUUCUUCGAGAAAAGUAUUGUCACUUGAAGACUCUUCCAAACAGUUUAGUCAUCAAUCUUUGCGUAAAACUCACUCAGAACCGGCUCAAAUAGAAAAAUUCCUCUCGAGGAGAUUACGAGACAUGCCACAGCAUUUUGAGACUAAGAAAUCAGUCACUAGGCCGCGAUCUGCAUCUGGUACACAGAUUCAAAAGGCAAAAGAAAUUGAAGACUAUAAUCUUAGGAAUCGCAGUAUGUCAAUUAGACAUGUUGAUUUUGAACAUAGAGGAUUACCUCAUCAGAUGGAUGGUCACCAAAAUACUGGAUUGCCUCAUCACACGGGUGGUUAUCAAGCUAGUGGGCUGUCUUAUAGUAUAGAUGGUCACCAAACUAGUAAACUGUCUCAUCAAAUAGGUGGUCACCAAGCUAGUGGAUUGUCUUAUAUGGGUGGUCACCAAACUAGUGGAUUGUCUCAUAUGGGUGGUGACCAAGCUAGUAGACUGUCUCAUAUGGGUGGUCACCAAACUAGUAGACUGUCUCAUAUGGGCGGUCACCAAGCUGGUGGAUUGUCUCAUCUGACGAGUGGUUUGCCAGAUAGUGGGGUCCCCACAGAUAAUAUUGGCGAUCACAAAUCGAUCGUACAUAUACGGGAUUUGGUUCAUUCAGAACGCCAUUUGAUCGGUGGACUAGGCAGUCACAAAUCAGAUGGAUUGACAUUUGGUACUCGUGGUCCCGAACCCGGUGGGGUAACCUGCGGGAUGAAUGGUCCCGAAGUCGUUGGGAUGACUUGUGAGAUGCUUAGUCAUGACUCUCAAUUGAAAACAAACAAAACACCAGGUUUUUCUGUUUCAAAAUUCAACAGUUCUAUUGCCGGAUCAAAAAGGCUCGAAAAGACUAAUACAUCUGCGGCUUUGACACCCAAUUUCCCUUCCAACGUAAACCAUACAGCAUCUUACCAAGAACCUCACCUUAAGCAAAAUUCUGUGGGUCCAUCUGCGUUACCCAAGCAACAGUCAAAUACCACACACAGCACUUCUGAUUGGUUGUUUCAAAAUACUCCACCAAAACACCUAGGGAUUACUCUUCAUAGCCCAAUGUUAUUUCAUCCAAGAUUUCACAACAAUUUGGGUUUGGUAGACGUACCUGAAGAAAACACCGAGUCCACUGACCCAAACAGCUUUCAUGCUUUAAGAAAAUGCCGGUACCUACGAAUACCUAAGCCACCCUCUCAUGAUCCUGGUAUUGAUCAUGCAUGGUCUACUUGACUCUUACACACAAAAAUAUACUGCAAUCGACAUUUUUAGCUCAGGCGCGUGUCAUUCCCAAGAGUAUCAUUUCUUUGUUUAACUGUUGCGCAUGAGAAGACAAAUGUCAAAUUCAAACAAAGAAUUGAAUCUUAUUCUCCAGGGCAUGACACAUUGUCUAAAAUGGUGGGGUGGGGGCAUCCAAGCUAAAAAGAUCUAUUCAUAUUUACUGGACUUAGGGGAAUUGAAGCUGUCGAAGCGGCCACCAGCCCUCCCUUGCGAGGAAUCGUUCCAAAUUGAAUACUCCGAUGAUAAAGCCUUUCUUGAAACAAAGACCGGCUAAAAGGGAGUGCACCGAUUCAAUCUUACGGCAAUAAGCACUUUUAUGUUGCAUUUUCUAUUUCUGCAUUCAUAAAUAUUGAUUGGUUUUAUUAACAAACCGAUAUAAAGUAUCCUAGCAAAACGGUCAUGACGUUAAAUGCUAAAGGUUAUUGUAUAAAUAUCUUUUUGAAAUAUAAUAUGAUCCAAGGGCGUAUCCAAAGGUCAUUGGGUGCUUAUGAUCGCCAUCGUUCCCAAUGGCAGUUUAUUUCUGAUUACGUCCAUAUAUCUAUUUCAAAAAAACGUUGUCGGUCAGAGAUCUGACUGAUCUGAAAUCUGAGACUGAGUAAAACGCAGCAAAAUAUAAUAUAUUCACAGUCGGAUUAGAUUGGAAUAUGAAGCAUGACCUUUGAGUUAGGAAUGUGAUUUUUCGUAUUUUAGCCAGAAAAUAUGAAAACAAAAUUCUGUAUAGUCUCAGAUCGCUCAACUUAGAUCUCCGACCAAAAACGUUUUUUGAAAUUGGUGUAUUAGUACGUAAAAGGAAAGGGAGAGAUGCUCUUUCGAUGUCAGUUUUUUUUCAAUGGUGAGAGAUCCUUCGCGAGAAGUUAUGGAUACGCUCCUAUAUAAUUAACAAUGAUAUAAUACAUAAAAUCAAAUUAUCAGUUUAAAG